CCACAAAAAUGGGAAAUAAUCACUCAGAACAGGAGCAACAAAGCAAGGGAAACUCUGAGACCAAACAAGAGAGUUUGCCAAAACCGAAGAAAGAUACUGAGAGAUGGAGUAGCUUUCGAAAUAAGACCAAAGCUCUUACAAUGUCUCAACCAUCUCCCUUUAAGCCCGUGCCUCCAAAUCUUUUCAAGGGCAUUCCCGAUUUCACAUCUGGCAAUGGAACAUCAUCAUUGUGCAGAAAGCAGUCACUAUUGGAGCCUCUGCAUGUUGAGGAAAGACCCCUAGACACUACGCCAGCAGUGCCUGCAUUUCCACCUCAUGCAGCUCUUACCUCAAAUCAACUCUGGGUACCUAAAGAGCCAAGUGCUUACAAUAUUUCCUGGGACCGCCCACGAGUUAAAAGCCCAGUGCCAACUCCCAUUUCUUCGUUUGUCUUCCCAUCAGUACCUGAAAACACUCCUCCAAAAGAAGCUCAGAAAUCAGUCCCUAAGACCACCGCUUCAGCAACUCUUACAAAAUUGGUAGCUCCUCCUUGUGCAAAUGUGUUUCCAUGUCAAAGAAAACCCCCCAAAAUUCCAAAGGAGGCCUGGCCCGAACCCCCGCCACCUGUAAAACCUGCAAUGACACCGGAGCCUGGCACAAAGGAUGCUGUAGCCAGCACCUCCCAUGAUGUUCCCGUACCUUUCCUUUUUACUGCAACCACCCCAGAAAAAACACAAGGUCCCUCAACAUCUGAAGUAACAGCUGUAGACCAUAUAACCACUUCAGCUGAAACAAGUGAAAAAUCCUCUUCAUUGAGCAGCGAUAGCAACAUUGUGGUCCACAACAUAGAGACUGAAAUCAACAACGCAGUGAGGCAAACACUUGUGAUCUCUGAAAAAACUCAUGCAGAAAUUAUGUCAAGACUUGCAUAUGUAGAAAAGCAAAAGUUACUUCCUGACCCACCAGUCACUCAAAGGCAGGCGGUGGUGCGACGAGCCCUGAAUGGAGUCUCUUAUGCAGAGGCAGUCAAAAAGUCCCAACCAAAGGUCAACCCUGCUCGACGUGAAGCUAAGGCAAAAUUAACUAAGAAAGUGAAGAUAUCUAAAUCUGUUGCAAAGCAGACACAAACUCAAAGGGAUGUCAGCCCUGCUGAUGGAGAUAGCACUGUCCCGCAACAACCACCCGACAGUUCCCCUGCCAAUCUACUUCCAUUAAAUGAAGCAUCAGACCCGGGCUUUACACCACAGAAGAAUGUGAAAGCAGCCACUGAACAAACAACAAAUCUUAACCAAAAUGAACCACCUGCCAUCUCUUCUAAUCUUAUCAAAUUGGAAAAAGAAAACGUAUUGGCAAGUGCAACUCAAAAGACAGCACAGAACACAGACAACGCACCAUCAAAGAAUACCAAACCAGAACAGAGCAGUUUCACCCAAAACCCAUCCCCAUUAUCACACAGACGUUCCUCUGUAAGAGGUGCACAUCCUUAUCUGAGAGAGGAUACACCAAAGAGCCUACUUUGUCAGGCAGACAAUGUGCAUUCUGACAAACCCAUAGUUGUGAUAAGUGAAUCCCAACCAGAAACUGGUUUGAAAUCUCUAAGUGUUCCAUCUUCACCUCACCAAGAAAAACCACACCAAAUAUUCCAGUCACAACUAAAAGCUUGUAGGAAUGCUAUAAGUGUUUCAUCUUCACUUGAAGACAAACCAAAGCAAACCAAACUGAGGGGUUCAGAACAAAUAUCUAUUAUGGAGAGUGGAGUGGUGAAGGAAAGUUUAAAAUGGGUACCGUUGCAAGUCAACUCCAAACCAGGUCCAAAAGAAGAUCCUGCUCCUGUUCCACGAAAAUGUUUCGAUUCUCCUGGUGUGACUGUCAUUUACUGUGAACGUCCAAGUUCUACUGGAACUUCAAAGGAAUCUCAGAAGCCAGUGAUCACCCCACAUAGGCCAGCCCUAUCUUCUGUUUCUACAGACUCACCACACAAAUGGUCUACUUCCCCUCACUCUGGGCCCACAGCUGACACAUUAAAUACCAGAGAUGAGCAGAUGAGCAAGAUCCGAUCAGACGAGCGAGGCGAGGCUACAGAUAAGGGAACACCUGCCAUGAUGCUUGGUCAAAAUCCAUCCGAUAUCUCAGCCAAAGUACAUCACCAGAUUCACACCAAAACACCAGCUCAAGCUAAUCAGGUACAAACAAAGACAAAACAAAUAGAAAAUCCACCUCCCAAAUUCAGAAACAGAGAAAAAGAAGAUAACAAUACAAGAAUUGAAGAAACGCUACAGGCUCCAAUGCCCGCACCGCCAUCUCCGCUGUCUCACCCACGGUCUGAAGGUCGUUGGCAUCCCUUCAUCACUGACAGGUCAUGUGUGCAAAAGGUUCGCUGUCAGCACCGUGAGAAUGGCAAGCUGCCCAAAAAUGUCAUGAAAUGGUAAGACAACCAAACUUUCACACACACAAGUCUGUUGUGCUAUGCAGUGUUUAGGCUUUACAAUGUAUUCAUAUCACCUGGCCAUACACCAACCAGUGUAUUUCUUAGUCUUCUUGAUAAGCUUUGAUGAGAAAUUUCAAGUUUGUAACAAGUGAUGAGUCUCUUAAUUGCUCUGUCAUCUGUAGGCUGAAUGCGAGUCAGAACUACUUGUGUGAACCAUCUUGGGUCACCACAGCAUCGCUGGCAGCUUCCAUUGCGCUGAGCGUACGACUGGAUAGGGACGAUUCUCGUCAGUAAAACAAUAAUAAAAACGGCAUUUGUAAAAAAAAAAAAGUUUCUUCUUCUAAAGGAAUUGUGUGCCUUAAGUUAUCAGCAGAGCAGUUGACUGAAUUAUGCAACUUUGACCCCCGUAAAAAUGUGUUGAAUUUUUUAUAAAAACAGAGGCAAUAGAUCAGGGGGAAAAAGUUUUAUUAUGAACGGGCACAACCUGGGACCACUGAAGAAAUAACCAUUUGCAUUUCUCAGAUCAAUAGCUGUACAACCCAUGAAAGGGUCUAAGAAAUUAUCAAUUAAUAA